UUUAAAACUGGUCACAAUGAAUACUCAAUCAAAAGGAUAUCGUGGUGAAGAAAUCUAUGAAAAUCUUCCAUGUGAUGGAUGGAUGAACAUGAAUGCCAUGCGUAAUAUGAGUAUUUCGAAUAAUUUCCCACCAAUUGGAACAUUUUCCUUGGAAACGGCAUUGGGUACACCCCAAACUCCGCAACCACCACCACCGCAACAUCAUCAAGCUCAUCAACAGCAGCAGCAGAAUCAUCAUCAGCAGCAGCAACAACAUGCCGCCACGCAUCACCAUCAAUCGCAGGGACCGCCACCAUUGACUCAACAUCCACCCAUUGGUAUUUUCGAUGCCAACGACGUUCCCGAAAUCAUACAAAAUCCGGCCACCGUUGGUGUUUUUCAAUCGAAUAGUGUCUUGAGCAAUGGCGGUGGUUCGAGUUUCGGUCAAUCCAACUCAUCGUCGUCGGCUGCCAAUGAUCCAAGUCAGACAACUCGUGAGACUGGCAUCAUAGAGAAGUUAUUGCAUUCUUAUGGUUUUAUACAGUGUUGCGAGCGUCAGGCUCGUUUAUUCUUUCAUUUUUCUCAAUUCAGUGGCAAUAUUGAUCAUUUGAAAAUUGGCGAUCCGGUUGAGUUUGAAAUGACCUAUGAUCGUCGUACUGGUAAACCAAUUGCUAGUCAAGUGUCUAAAAUUGCACCCGAAGUGGUCCUUUCGGAGGAGCGUGUCACAGGAACUGUUACCACAGAACUACGCACUGAUAACAACAACAUUUUAAAUUCGAGCGAAACGACUGGUCGCAUCAGUUAUGAAAAUCGCGGAGAGUGCUUCUUCUUGCCCUAUACCAAAGAUGAUGUUGAGGGUAAUGUUAAUUUGAGGGCUGGUGACAAAGUUAGCUUUCAGAUAGCUACCAACCAAAGAGGAAAUUUGGGUGCUUGUCACAUUCGUUUGGAGAAUCCAGCACAGCCGGUUAAAUAUCGCGGCGUUGUUUGUUCCAUGAAGGAAUCAUUCGGGUUUAUUGAACGCGCCGAUGUUGUUAAAGAGAUUUUCUUUCAUUUCUCUGAAGCCGAAGGUAAUGUUGAACUACGUCCAGGCGAUGACGUUGAGUUUACCAUUCAGACACGUACUGGACGUGAAUAUGCCUGUAACAUAACACGUUUACCACCUGGCUCGGUAAUAUUUGAGGAUGUUGAUACAACCAUCUAUAAGGGUCAGGUCUUGAAGCCGUUGGAUCGUGCAAAUGCUGCACGCCAAACCAAUGAUCCAUUGCCAGGACGCAUACGUUACAGGGCUCCAGAUUAUUCUGAAGUUGAAGUACCAUUUGGUGACAAGGAUCAGAAGGGCGAUUUUACUUUGCGUCAUGGUGAUUGGGUACAAUUUUUAUUGGCCACCGAUCGUCGCGAUCAAUUGCAACGCGCCACUUCCAUUUCAUUGCUUGACGAAACAUUUAAAGUGUCCGGCGAGAAGCGAGAACAAGGUGUGAUUUCUGGUUUAAAAGAAGGAUUUGGUUUCAUUCGAAGUGUCGAACGCAAUGUUCGAGUAUUUUUCCAUUAUACUGAAAUUCUGGAUACGAGCCGUGAAAUAAUGGUCAACGAUGAAUUGGAAUUUACUGUGGUUCAGGAACAAGGAAUUCCCUAUAAUGCAUCACGUUUACAUGCUAUACGCAUUAAGCAUUUACCACCCGGUACUGUGCAAUUUGAAACUUUAGUGGCUAACAAUAUAGAGGGUUAUGUUACCCGCGAGGCUCCUAAGAGUCCAGUGAAAUCUCAAGACCGCGUUGAAGGCGGCGUUAUUACCUAUGACCAUGGUGAACUUAAAAAGACUAUUAUGUAUUUCCUUAAAGACUGCGAAAAACCACCUAGAAUUGGAGACCGUGUACGUUUUGAUAUUUACUUGGUAAAAAGAAAUAAAGAAUUGAUUGCUGUGAAUGUACAGAAUUUGCAUACAUUGCAAUCAGGCGGCAUGCAACCAGCGGCCAUUAUUCAGCAGCAACAACAACAGCAGCAGCCGCCACAAAUAAUUAAUCCACAAAUAUUGCAACAACAAUUGGCAACUAAUACAACGAAUCCACAAAAUCCCCAGCAACAUCAAGUACCACAACAACAAGCACCACCACCACAAGCAGCUGUAGCAGCUCUACACCAUCCCCAUCAUCCACAUCCACAUCUUAUUCUAAAUCAAAAUAAUGAUCCAGCCAUAAUAACCCAGCACACCAAUGGCAUCAUGGGAGGCAUUGGAGGCGGCGGUGGCAUGAUAAUACCCACGCAAAAUGGUUACCUAUCCAUGGGCACCAACAAUCAUCAAAUGCUUCAAACUCCAAAGAUUGAAGACUACAAUAAGUUGGAGAACAAUAAUUUGGCUGGCACUGAGACGGGACAGCCAGUCUAUAGGGGUUUCAUAGCCGUUAUCAAGGAGAAUUUCGGUUUCAUUGAAACAUUGUCGCACGACGAGGAGGUGUUCUUCCAUUUCAGUAAUUAUGUGGGCAAUCCCAAUUGGUUGGAAUUGGGUCAAGAGGUUGAGUAUACGCUGUCGCCAAAUGGUAAUACCUCCGUAUCGGGCAAUUGUUUGCCAGCGGAAAAUGUACGCACCCUACCGAAAGGCUCCAUACCACAGCCGGCUGUAAAGGAGGGAGUUCAUAACGGUGUCGUUGCACGUCCACUGCGUUGCAUUAACCCCGAUCAACAGGAAUAUGCUGGUCUCAUUGAAAUCUUAGAUGAGUCUAGAACUCAAGUACUGUCUCAACACGAGUUCGGUAUUACCAGUUUGGUUAACAAACGUGACCUAUUGCAAGCCGGCGAUCUGGUGACAUUUAAAAUCGACGAAGCUGGUCGUGCUGCUGAAAUUACUGCUGUACGCCAAAAGAAACGUGCCACAGUUGAUUCCAUCAAGGGUCAAUUUGGUUUUCUUAAUUACGAAAUAGAAGAUGGCAAGAAAUUGUUCUUCCAUAUGUCGGAGGUACAGGGUAAUGCUGUAUCAUUACAUCCAGGGGAUACAGUUGAAUUCUCUGUGGUUACAAAUCAGCGCAAUGGCAAAUCGUCAGCCUGCAAUGUUUUAAAAAUAAACGAUCGUCCAGAUCGUUUAAUUUCGCGACUCAAAUUGACAGAUGAUACAUUGCCCCGUUUGAUUGUUAUUCGGGCACCGAAAGGACCCCAGCCUAAAGGUUUUCUGCCACAGGCACGUUUACCACGCAUUCCAGGUAUAAUCUUGGAAUAAAUGUUUGACCGACCGUACUAAAAUCGAAGGAUUCAACGACUGAAGACAAGUUCCCACAACAUUUAUUUAAAAAAAAAAAACAAAACAAAAA